AUGAGUCCGUCGCCACGGAGUAAAAUUGCAGCAGAGAGUCUGCAGAUCGGAUAUGCAGGACUGGCAUGUAUUCGGGGUAAAAAGCUCAAGGAGCAGAGAGCGCGAAGGAGCCGAAAGCGCAAAAGUGCCGCAAUUGGAAAGGAUGUGGAGGCGAAUUGGUUGUUCUCCGACUCGGUACGAAAUACAAGCACCAAUGAAGGCCGAAGGAGGUGCUUUCGGCGUCUUUACAUCCAUCAUCUGGUCGAGGACGGCAGACGUGCAGAAGAUGACUUCUCCGACAGUCUUGAUCUACCAGCCAUGGCAAGAGACACGAUGGGAAUCCAAAACGAGAUCAUACCUAACAUCAGGAGCGCUGUUCUAUCGCGAGACCUAAAUCGCCGAGUACCUACCCUGACGCAUGCGAAAGGCAUAUACUACCACACUUUCUGCGGCAGAAGCAUCGUGGACGCAUGUGGUGGAUCUGCUGUUGCAUGUCUAGGACACGGCAAUGCCAGAGUGACAACGGCAGUCUCGGAGCAGAUGGGUAAAGUGCCAUACUGCCACAGCCAGUUCUUCACAACUCGCGCGAGUGAGAGACUUGCCGACGCUGUUAUACGCUCCACGGAUGGGAAGAUGUCAAGGCUGCUCACAGUCAGCUCCGGUUCCGAGGCGUUAGAAGCAGCUCUCAAGAUUGCUCGGCAGUACUUUCUGGAGUUGCCAGAACCACAACCCCAAAGGAGACACUUUAUUGGCCGAGCACCUUCAUAUCAUGGAGCAACGCUGUCGGCUUUGGAAGUUGGGGGCCAUCUGAGUCGACGCGCUAUGUUUGAGCCAAUGCUAGCAUCAAAAACUGAGCGUGUGUCCUUAUGCAACCCCUAUCGUGGCAUGCGCCCUGGCGAGACGAGCGAAGAGUAUGUCGCACGACUUGCGUACGAGCUGGACACCGCCUUCUCGAGAUUUCCACCCAAUUCUGUUUGUGCGUUCGUUGCAGAGACAGUGACCGGCGCAUCGACAGGCACCAUACCUGCUACAGACGGCUACUUCGUGGCCAUGAAGAGGGUUUGCGAGAAACAUGGAGCACUCCUUAUCCUGGACGAGGUUAUGUGCGGCAUCGGUAGAACAGGAACAAUGCACGCUUGGCAACAAGAGGAUGUCGUGCCCAACAUUCAAGUUGUUGGGAAGGCUUUUGGCGGAGGAUUUGUGCCUGUGUCGGGAGUCUUGAUCGACAAACAAGUAGACCAUGCGAUUGAGCAUGGCUCCGGAAAGAUCUCUCACGGCCAGAGUUUUCAGGCCCAUCCCUCCGCAUGUGCUGCAGCUCUCGAAGUCCACAACAUCAUUCUUGAAGAGGAAUUACUGGCCAACGUAAAAGCAAUGGGUGACCGCCUUGCCGGCACGCUGCAGGAACGAAUUGGUUCACACCCUAAUGUUGGAGAUAUUCGUGGUCGUGGCUUGUUCUGGUCGGUAGAAUUUGUUCGCAACAAGGCGACCCGCGAAUCUCUGCCCAGAGACUGGAACGUAGGCUAUGCUUUCCACGAGUUUGCGAUGCAAGAGCCAUAUAACAUUUGUGUUUACCCAGGAAAUGGCACGGCAGAUGGUGUUGUUGGGGACCACACGCUCAUCGCACCGGCGUAUAAUGUCACAGCCGCCGAGAUCGAUAUAAUCGUUGAUAGAUUGGCCAGGGCGGUGACCGACUUUUUCGAAGGACUUACUGGUGCCCGGACGCUUGAGAAAAUCCGCCAGUGGUAA